CUCAGCUUACCCUCCUGUCGAUCUGCCGAUCCAUCGUUCCCCUUCCGGGAACGCUGGUCAUCAUAGCACUGGCGACAUUCGACACGGCGCCAGGCGUCUUGGUACCGGGUUUCGGACUCGGCGCACCCGCGCCGCCGACGCAACAUUAUGCGGAGCAGCCAUCGCCGCCGUACACCGUCAGUAGCGGCUUUCCGAAUCAUAAGUUUGACGUCCCGCCGGCGAAGCGGCAGAAGCUGUCAGGCUCUUCGCCCAAGCCGGGGCCAAAGCAAAACCCCUCCAAGCCGGGCAAGGCGGCGUCGAGAAACGACAUGGCCGCCUCGGACCCAGUGCCUGCAAAGAGUAGAAGGGUGAGAACGGGCUGCUUAACAUGUCGUGAGCGGCAUCUCAAGUGCGACGAGGCCAUGCCGGACUGUGUCAACUGCCGCAAGAGCAACAGGGAAUGCAAGCGUGGUGUGCGCUUGAACUUCAUCGAUUUGACUUGCAAGGAACCGCCGUAUAUCCCUCCACCCGUGGAAUGGUCAGUGCAAUUCCAGGAUGAGUCACGGUUAAUCGCAUCUGAAUAUCAAGGCGGAUUAGGAAGGUAUCCCAAACUGGAGCAGCAAAUUGUCACACCACCGCAAGAUGCGGACCUGGAAUCAACAUUGCGGCGGUCGUCGCUUGCUGCUGCCAUGCAGGAAAUGCAGGUUCCGGCAGACCCCAGGACGCCGGCGACUAUGUCAACUCCCCAGUCCAUGUACUAUCCCGACAGGGGACAGUUGCAGCCAGAUCCCUACUCGGAUGGAAUGCAUUCGCGAAAAGGUAGUGAUGCGUCCUUCAUGGCACCUCCAGCCCUAUCGCACACUGGUGGAUAUCUUCACCUGGCGUCAGACUCCUUUGCUACGAUAAAGGACGAAGGCAACCGCAACCUCUUGCACAGUACAUACAAGGACAGCGACGUGUCGACAGCAGCAUCCAUUGCAGGCGUAACUGGAGCCGGGCCACCUUCAAAUUACAAGGACGGACCGAUCGGCGGCAAUACUCCGAUAGCUGGCGUGGACACCGGCAUGAUGACACCACCAAACGACAAGAACGGGGAGCGCGAAUAUCUCAACUCGCCUGAGGAACUUCAUUUCAUGCAAGUCUUCGUCUCAGAAGUGGGCAUCUGGAUGGACAGUCUCGAUAAGGAGAAACACUUCUCUCGUCAGGUACCCUAUCACGCGUUGAAAUGUCCCAUGUUGCUCAAUGCUUUACUUGCAUGUGGGGUGAAGCACCUCACACUCACACAACAGUACAACGACGAUAAGGCCUUGUUUUACUACGAUACAGCGACCACUCAACUUCUUCGGAGCUUACAGAACCCCGACCGCAACACGGCUGAGUGCGCCGCAACCGCCGUGGUGCUCAACGUGUAUGAGAUCAUGAGCGAGAAGCCCACCCAGCGCAUGAGCCACAUUGCCGGCGCCAGGGCCUUGAUCCGUGAAUGCGGGUGGAACGCGAAAGCAACCGGGCUCGGCGCGGCAUGUUUCUGGCUAAAUGUUGGCAUGGAGCUACUCAGCUGUCUGGCAUUCAACUGGCAGACGGCAUGGGACCCGGACCAGUGGGGUGUAGACAUGGACUUCACGACGGAGAAAGAGCACGGCCAAGAGGAGAUCUGGGUCCAUCGCAUCUUCCAUAUUGUGGCUAAGAUCUGUAACUUUCGGGCUAGUAUCCCCAAGUUCCAGGAACCCCGCCCACACGAAGAGCAGAUCCGGCUCCAGGCUCGGUAUACCGAAUGGCAACGUUUGAAGAACAUGUGCGAUGACUGGAAUAACUCGUGUCCGCGGCCUAUGCAUCCCUUUGGCUAUCUAUACCCUUUGCAGUCGCAGAAUGGUGGCAACGGCUCCAAGUCGCUGUUCCCCCACGUCUGGCUCAUCAAGCGCGCAGCGGUAGUAGGUCGCCUAUUUUACCACACGGCGCAAUGCCUCCUCGCACAAAUCAACCCCAUCCUACCCCAAGACUCGGACGAAGCCCACGCGGUGCAGCAGCACCACGCGCACCAGGUGUGCGGUAUUGUGGCGCAUGCCCAGGACCGCGGCGUAGCAUCGGUUUCGAUAAGGUCGCUAGCCAUCGUCGCCGAGGUCCUGACGGAACGCCGCGAGCAGCACGAGGUCGUUGCCAUCCUCAAGAACAUCGACAAGGAGACGGGAUGGAAGCUCGCCAGUGUCAUUAAAGGUCUCAAGGUGAAGUGGGGGUGGGAGAAGACGAGCGGCACGGGGUUGGCGGCGCACUUUUUGCCGCCGCAGGGCUCGAGACAGGCACAGGGGCAAGGUCAUACGGAUAGCCAGACGACGGCGGCGACUCCGCCCGGCCAUAUGAGGCCUGGUUUUGCCAAGGCGCAGAUGCAUGGACAUGGACAGGCACAGACAGUGGUAGCGCCAAGGCCGAUGCGCAAUGUGAAUCCUCUCAGUUUUGCGGAUUUCAGCUUGCCGAAUCAUCCGUAUCAAAAUUGGUACGAGCCACCCAGUCGGUCGUCACAGGGGUUUACCUAAGAGGCCUGGAAGAAUGAAUUUGCGAAGGGUUGUGCCUUGUAUACUUCC